AAAGAAAGUGAGAAAUGGCAGGAGAAAGUUAUGAAGAUCGUAAUGCAAUUGAAACGCCGGAAGAUUUGGCGGUUCCUCUUCAACCCGAAGAGACAGAAAUGCAGGGUGCGGGAGUAGAUGGAGAAAAGAAGUGGCCUGGAUGGCCUGGUGAGAACGUUUUUAGAAUGUUGGUUCCCGCCCAGAAGGUGGGUACUAUCAUCGGCCCAAAAGGAGAGUUCAUCAGGAAAAUCUCCGACGAAUCAAGGGCCCGGAUUAAAAUUCUUGAUGGACCUCCUACUACCUCUGAAAGAGCUGUCAUGGUUUCUGCCAAAGAAGAACCAGAUGCUCCUAUUCCUCCAUCAAUGGAUGGCUUAUUGAGGAUUCAUAGGCGUAUUCUUGGUCUAGAUGGUGAUUAUGAUCAUACUACAGCAGGUGCAAAUGGCAGAGUUAUCACACGUCUUCUAGUGGCAGAUACUCAGGCAGGAAGCUUGAUUGGCAGACAAGGAUCCACUAUAAAGUAUAUUCAAGAUGCUUCUAAUUGCAAUAUUCGAGUUCUUGGAGGAGAACACCUGCCAGUUUUUUCUUUGAAAGAUGAUAGUGUUGUUGAGAUAGAGGGUGGGCCCACAUGUGUACACGCUGCAAUUGAACUUAUUGCAGGCCAUCUCAGGAAGUUCUUGGUUCACCGCAGCAUUAUUGGGGUAUUUGAAAUGCAAAUGCAGAAUGUGAGUGCCAAUCAGAAUAUGGUCGUGCCUCAAUCCCAGCACCAUCUGCAUGGUUUUCCGAUUGCUGAUAGUGAAUCCCUUCUUGGUUCUAAGCCAAAAUAUACUUAUCCUGAAUCUCAGUUUGACGAUUGUUAUGAACCUCAUGAGCUACCUUUGCAUGACAAGAAUUCCUAUCAGGGCCCACCACUAUAUGGGACGCAUGGUUCUAUGGGAGGUCUUGCAUCAAAUGUGCAGGCCAAACAGUCAGUGGUGACAAAGAUCAUACAACGCAUGCAAAUUCCUUUAUCAUAUGCAAAUGCUGUAAUUGGGACAUCUGGUGCAAAUAUAAGCUAUAUGCGCCGUGCCAGUGGAGCUGCUAUAGCUAUACAAGAGACAAGAGAUGUGCCUGGGGAUAUGACUGUUGAAAUUUCUGGAUCUGCCUCUGAAGUACAAGCGGCUGAGCAGUUGAUACAGAACUUUAUUGCUGAAGCUGCAAGUGCGAUGCAGAGUCUGCCAGGCGGAUCAAUCAGCGAGGAGUACAGUCCUUACCCGGUACAUGCUCCUCUUUAUGCGUCUUCUGAUGCCAAUGGUCAUGUCAGCCAUGCGCCUGUCAUAGACUAUGGUUCAAUUUAUGGCACUGGUUAUGGUUGAUGAGGUAGUACCAGAUUACUUUAGGAUCGGAAGUUUUGUAGUCCCAAUCAGCACUUGAUUACGUUUGGCUCAAUUGUUCCUUCCUUUAUUGGUUUAUUGAAUUUUAGGAUAAAAUUGUGAAUUUUGUCUAGGAUUGUUACUACAUCUCAAUUCUAAUAUAUAUAUAUUUUAGAUUUAUAGUUAAGAAAAA